UCUAUUCCUCUGUGCCGAUUCGCCAGCUGUGUGAUUUCUUUUUCUUUUUCUUUUUUUUUUUUCACUAGACUACCUCUAAAAGAAAUUUAGAAGAAAAAAUUCGGAAGCGCUUCUCGUUUCAACACUGCACCACCUGCAAAUCACAUCCAAUCCAAUCCAAUUCAAAAACAAAAAUCAUCACCAUGUCUGUCCUUGAGGUCGGAGAUAACUUCCCAGGCAAUGUGUCCUUUGGCUACAUUCCCUUGACGCCCGACAGCGAGGAGAUCACCAGCUGCGGCAUCCCGACCAAGUUCGAUGCCAGCGAAACCUUCAAGAACAAGAAGGUCGUCCUCGUCGCCGUCCCUGGCGCCUUCACUCCCACAUGCCAGGCCAACCACCUGCCCGGCUUCAUCCAGAACAUCGAGGCCCUCAAGGCCAAGGGUGUCGAGCAAGUGGUUGUGAUUGCCUCCAACGACCCCUUCGUCAUGUCUGCCUGGGGCAAGGCCAACUACACCAAGGACGACUUUAUCAUCUUCGCCUCGGAUUCCGAGCUUGCCUUUAGCAAGGCUAUUGGCUGGACCAUGGGCGACCGAACUGCCCGGUACGCCAUCGCCAUCGACCACGGCAAGGUGAUUUACGCCGCAAAGGAGACCGAGCGCGGUGUCGAUGUCUCUGGUGCCGACGCUGUUCUGGCCAAGUUGUAAAAGCUCUCUGUCUCUCUAUUCAGCGUUGUUCACGAACACACAGUUGAGCUGGCGCAGUGGGACUAUUUUUCUUUGAUUUCAAUACGGGAAGCGCAACAAAAUAAAAGGGCAGCUCCGUAUUACAGAGAGAGUUUGAGGUUAUUUUUGGGAUCAAUGGCAUCAUGGCAUGGGCUAGACUAGCACCAACGAGGAGUACCUGAUUAUUCAAACACUGAUUGCCUGGGACUCGUUGGCUUUUUUUCCUGGAAUUUUACGUGAAAUGCUGGUUUUAUUCUACCUUUCGUUUUUCCUUUUUUCCUUUUCCUUUUUUCUUCUUCUUUUGUUUGCGCCUCAUCUCAAAAUUGUCACGACCACAUUGAAAGUCAAAGUUGCGCCAAUGGACAACGGGGAAUUGCCUCUUCACAAGGCCAAGUCCUUACAAGGGUAGUCGAUACACGCACAGGAACAGGCACGAGUCGAGAGCCAAGCUGAGCGGCACAGAGUUUAGCCAAAGCUGUCAAGGCCAUGCUGCACGUUACGACUUUGGCACAAGCUUGCAGUCCCACUUUGCAUCAUCAGAAUGCCUAAACUAAAGUCUGGUACCUGCUCCGGUAUUCGGUAUUCGGCGCAGCGCAAACUUGGGUGCAGCAAGAGGCAAAAUUCGAAGACUGCGAUGUCGUCUAUUCAAACGGCAUGGAAAAGACAAGAAGAAGGAGAAAUAUAGAAGCAAAGCAUGGCCAAGUUCUGUCAAUCUUCGAGAGUGCCCACGGGCAGUUGUUUAGUGGCAGGUACCGCAGGACCGCUAACCGCUAACCGCUAACCGCUACAGUACGAUGCAGCCGCUCAGCCAGGGCUGGCGGACUUGCAGGCCUGCAGGAUGAGGGCAGCAGAGCCAUUCGGCAGCGCUCGGCUAAACAGAAAAUCCGCACUGCGAAAAAGUCUUGGCACGCACAAAACCUACACUUGC